AUGAAAGAAGGAGAAUCUGUAUUGAGUUACUGUGCUAGAACAAUGGAGAACACCAAUAAAAUACACUUCCACGGUGAGAAGAUGGACGAAGUAUCCAUUGUGGAGAAUAUUUUGCGCUCUCUGACAUCAAAAUAUAAUUAUGUUGUCUGGUUAAUUGAAGAGUCAAAAGAUAUAGAUGAACUAUCUCUUGAUGAAUUGCAAAAGAAAAAGGAAGAGGUAGAGGUAGAGGCAGAGAAAGAGAAGGAGGAAGAAGAGAUCUUGGAGGUAGGGAUUUUAGCAGGAAUUUCAAAGCCAAUAUUGAUCAAUCUGAAGGUAGAGGUCGAGACCAUGACAAAUCCAAGUUUGCGUUCUACUGUAUCAUUUGGUGAUUGUUCAGCUGUGGAAGUGAUGGGAAAAGGUGAUAUCAGGAUUAAAACCAAGAAUAGUUUUGUGGAAACAAUCUCUGAUGUAUUGUAUGUUCCUGACUUGAAAGCUAAUUUACGUAGUGCUGGUCAGUUGCAAGAAAAGGGUUAUAUCAUCACUAUGAAGAAAGGUAAGUGUGAAAUUUAUGAUCCCGUGAGAGGAGCUAUUGCGGUAGUUCAAAUGAGCUCCAAAAGAUUAUUUCCACUAAAGAUUGAUAACAUUAAAUCUUGUUUGAUGGUUGAAACAAAAGAUUCCUCAUGA